GCUCCAUCAGGUCCCUGAAGGCUGCACUGCAGACCAGCUGGAAGCGGCCCUCUCCUCUAAAGGAGCACACCUGCUGCUUGAUACCCUGAGGACUCUGUCUGAGAGAAUAGCUCAUAAAAGAGAGCAAAGCCAGAGCGGGGGAACAUUUGCCCCCAAAAUCAAUGCCUCCAUGAGCUGGGUGGAGUGGGAGGAGCAGACCUGUGAUCAGAUCAGCUGUCUGCAUUGCGCCAUCGGCUCCCGGAUUCCUCUGAGGACCACGUGGAUGGGCAGGACCAUAAAACUGCUGGAUUUUGUAGGAAGAUGUCACAUUUCAUUAUUAGAUGAGAGGAGCAGAUGGCCCCCUGGCUCAGUGAGCUACCUGAAGGAGUCCAACACUCUGGCUGUGAGCUGUAAGGACGGCUGGGUGGGCUUCAGGUCUGUGGUCCUGAAGAAGAGGCUGACAGCAGGGGACUUCUAUAACGGCUACCUGCACCAGACCCUGCACAGGAAGUCAGCCUGUGACAUCACCAGAGCACAGUUCAUCACCAGGAAACAUGGAGGAGACGCAAAGGACAUGAGAGAGAACUCUACGUCAUGACGUUUCCUCUUCAAUAUGAACACUACAGAUAUCAGCUGCUGGGAUUUACUGUAUUUCGUGUGUUACUCUGUCUGUUUAAGACAUCUGCAGGUACAGUGUGACUGUAGUUGUACUAUACUUUGCUUUUAUUGCAAUAAAUGAUAUUGCUGUUGAUUUAUUUCAGGAACAAUCAGGAACUGUUUAUUUCUAUUAGAACUAAGACAGAAAACGUAUUACACUUCAAACAUUAGCAUUGUGAGCAUGUUAGCUUGCUGAUGCAAUUUAGCUGAUUUCAUUUAGCUCACAAUCUGAUUGCAGCUUCACAGUCCGACAGCUGCGGACUUGUAUCAGGUUAACAUGAAUUCACACUGAUAAAGACAACACUUUGUAUAUAUAUUUAUGUUUGGCUUCUGUGAUUGGCUACAUAAAAUGCAUUGUUAAUUGUC